AAAAUGCGCGUGUUGCUGCUGUUUCUCGCAGCACAUGUGUAUUGUGAGGUUCAAAACAAUGUAUUGAAAGCACAUGUUAAUAUUAUUGAGAAUUCAACAAAAGUUGAAGCAGUUUGUGAGAGUAAUAAUUUUAACGAUGCAGUUGCAUGGAUCACAUCACCAAAUAUUAAGUUAAUUCCACCAGAUUCAGUAAAAAAUAAAUUUCUAAAACCACUACCCUUUGAUUGGAGUACAAAUGGCUGGAAUACUGAAUUUGCAUACAAAGGAUUGUUUGGGCCUGUGCUGGAUUACACGUGGGAAAAAUUUAAAAUUAUACGAAGCAAUAGAGAAUUACCACGACUUAAAAUUCUGAAUCAAUUUGAAUUAAAUUUUUCGUUUUUGGGAAAGUCGAAUGCAGAGAUUCAAAUGUGCACAGAGGAGGACAUAAAACCCAAGAGUUGUUACUUCUAUAUAAUCCAUUCGACGUUAGUUAUUUUACAAAAGUGUAUAUUUAGUGUUGAAAAUGAAGACGAUUCACGACAAUGUAUAACUUUUAAAAAGACACAAUAUUCGCCUAAAUUUUCAAACGAUCGCUGGAGCCAUAUAACAAUCAGAUAUUAUAACGAAAAUCUUCAAAUAAUCAUUGAUAAUAACAUUUUAUUAUCGUAUUCUCCUUCAAAUCGUACAGAAUUUAAUGAUUAUUCAAUUAUUUCUUGUUUUUCAUCUUCAAAAAAUGCUUUAUGGAAAUAUCACGAAUAUAAUUAUUUUGAAGCGCGAACUCAUAAAACCAACAUAUAAAUAGUUAUGUACUUGAUGUACACUCAGAAAAUCUCUGUAUUUUCUUAGCGACGAAUUUCGGAAAAGAAAUUUCUUUAAAAUUAAUAAGUGCCGCAAACUCUGCAGUGAUUUCAGAGAAAACUUAUCAAAGCCAUGGAAACACCAAUUGGAAUUUUAUAUCCUUCAACAGUACAACAAACAAAGGAGAUAAAUAUAUUCUACGAAUUGAAUACAGCCAAGAUGAUAACGUUGCGAUUAGAAACGUGGUUUAUACCGAUGUAUGUGAUCCAGAUGAUAGCAUGUUUCACAAAUCAACAAUACAAUAUAAUAUAAUGGGUGAUACAGAAAAUAUUAAAUGUGCAUCACUACGGAAUGAAAAUCUACAAUUAGCAUUUCAGACACAGAAUACUUCCAGAAUGAAUUAUUCAGUAACAGUUCACGAGUGGGAUAAUAUCAAUAAAACUCGAUUUUUAUGGGAACCUAGAAUAACAUUUAUUACUAACAAUUCCAUGACUAUUUCGGUAUCUAAAGGCAAAGUGAUGCAGAAUAGCAGUGUUUAUGUUGUAGUAUUUUCAAAACAAUUGAAUCAAUCUGUAAAUAGGAAAUAUUGUGGAAGUACACCAACUUUAUAUAUUCCAGAAUAUUCUGAUUUAGAAUGUCAGACAAUUGGUUAUUAUAAACAUAUAAACAACACAAUGAUUGAAGAUAUAGAAAUUGUUUUGAAUACUUCUCCAGAUGAAUUCAAUUGUAGAAUUGAUGAAUGUAAUUUUAAACUACUGAUUGUAGACGAAUUUAGCAUAAGAACAUAUUUUACUUGGUUUCCAUUAUCAAUUAAUUCAAAAUUAUUGAUUAAUGAUGUCAAAGAAUCACCAAUAAUGCUAAACAACUACAUUUCUGGGUUGAAUCAAUGGUUAAUUGUCAUGUUUCUAAUAAUAAUGGGAGUAAUGCUAAUCGUCGGAUUGAUUAUUAAACGCCGAAUUACAACUCCGAGUAGAAAGAAACAUGUUUAUACCGAAAUUGCUGAAGUAGAUGCACCUGCAAAAUUAAAGGAUGAUUCAUAUUCGGAUGUUCCGUUAUUACCAAUUGGCUCAAGACAAGUGCCAAAAGAUAAAAUUAUUUCUAAUGUAAUAAAAGUUGAUGAUUUAGAAGAAUAUACAAAGGAAUUUGUUUUUAGUGGGUAUUUACAAGAGCAAUAUACAAGAAUCGAAGGAUUGACAAAAAAUAGCAUAGGAAACCCUUGUUCUAAAGUUGAUACAGAAUUAAAAGCAAGUUUUAUUGAUACUCCUAACUGUAUAAAUGCUUAUAUUAUGUGUUCAACACCAUCGAAAACAAACAUUCAGAAUUUUUGGCAAAUGAUUAUCGAUGAGCAUAUAGAAAAUAUUAUCCUGUUAGCAUCAAGUGAUGAUAUCAAAAAGAAAUUUAUAAUUAAAUACUGGCCAGAUUUCUCUAAUAAUGAUUCAAUUGAAUUUGGAGAUAUAAAAAUAAUAUCGGAAACUGUUGAAGGUUUUUUAAAUUAUGAUGUACAUAAUUUGAAAGUUUCCCAAGGAAGUUAUUUAAAGAAAAUUAAACUGUUACACUUUAAAUAUUACUCGGAACUUGAGAACCCAUGGUAUCCUUAUAUACUUAAGUCAUUUCUGGAAUGUCUGCAAACUGUUCCGCAUUCUUCAAAGCAUCCUAUCCUGGUGCAUAACUCAAAUAACUCUGGAAUAAAUUCUGCGGUGAUUAUAAUGGUAGAUGUAUGUUUACAACAAGCAGUAAAUAAUAAUCAAAUGGAUAUAAGUAAUCUUCUUCAAACUUUCCGAAACCAACGAGAAAUUUUAUAGAAACAUAUGAAGAAUACCUUUUAAUACAUUUAAUCCUUAUUCAAUACUUAGAAAAAGUAAAACAUCAUUAUCCAAGUCAAAACUUUUCUGUAGCAUAUUCUAAAAUUGAUGAUGAUACUCUAGAUCAACACAUGAAAGAUAUUUCAGAAUCUAUGUGGCAGGAGAGUGUUUUACAACCGGAGAGUCCAGUGUGGUUCCAUAAUGAUUGUACGAAGAAUCGUGAUCAAAAUAUUGUGGCAAAUCCAUCAUGUGCGGUGUUUUUGCGACCUUUAAAAGAAGAAGAAUCGAGUUAUAUUAAUGCUAUAUUUGUUGAUGGGUAUCACCAGUCUAAAAAAUUCAUUGCUACACAACAUCCACUUGAGAAUACAGUUGAUGAAUUCUGGAGACUUGUUGUUGAUAAUAAUGUAAAGUUUAUUGUUUCUUUACAACCUGAUUAUGAUGUUGUUUUCUGGAGAAAAGAAGAUAUUUUAAAACUGCGAAUGGAACGACUGUUGAGUAUGUAGAUACAAGCAAAUUGAGUGAUUUUCAUAUACAUACGAUGAAUGUACAACUUCAAUCUGGUUCUAAUAAAGAGAUAACUGUUAAGUUUAUGGAACUGCAAGGAUGGAGUUUGGAUGUGGAUGUUCCUGAGAAUAUGCGAAUUUUUAUCACAGCGAGAUUGCAGAUGACUAGGAUGAAGUGUACGAAAUUUAAUAGUGUAUUAGUAAUGUGCAGGAAUGGUGCUGAUGGUUCUGGAUUGUAUAUUGCGGCUUGUAAUCUUAUUGAUAGCAUAUUGACUGAACAAGUUGUUGAUGUUUGUAUGAUUGUUAGAAGGAUUCGGAGUAAUCGUACACAGUUUAUUACUAAUAAAAAACAACUUCAUGCUUUGUAUGAGGUGGCUACUUUCUUUUUGAGUGAUUUUACUAAAUAUCACUAUGUGUCAACGCUGCCAAUUCGAUCAAAACUUAGAAAUUGUAUAGAAUAAUUAUUGAUCUGAAUAAUAAUUAUAAAUAAUAUAAAGUAAUAUAUUUUA